GCAGUAUCAACUAAAAGAACAGUUAGCUCACAUAUCCCAAACUACCCAAAUCUUCAAUCCCAGUUGCUAUGCCACGUUCACAAUGUCACACUACAUGCAGACAAAGAUACUGAUGAGAUAUAUGCACAAAUGAGUCUUCAGCCUGUGGACUCUGAAAAAGAUGCUUUCCCUAUUCCCGAUUUCGGAUUAAAACCAAGCAAGCAUCCCACUGAGUUCUUCUGCAAGACUCUGACUGCCAGCGAUACAAGCACACAUGGGGGCUUCUCAGUUCCUCGCAGAGCUGCAGAAAAGCUCUUCCCACCAUUGGACUAUUCAAUGCAACCUCCAACUCAGGAGCUUGUUGUUCGAGAUUUGCAUGAUAAUACGUGGACGUUUCGUCACAUAUACCGUGGGCAGCCAAAGCGACAUCUUCUUACUACCGGUUGGAGUUUAUUUGUGGGUGCUAAAAGGCUUAAAGCAGGUGAUGCUGUUCUAUUUAUAAGGGAUGAGAAGUCACAUUUAUUGCUGGGUGUGAGACGUGCAAACCGUCAGCAAACUGCAAUGCCAUCAUCAGUGCUUUCGGCUGAUAGCAUGCACAUUGGAGUCCUAGCAGCGGCAGCCCAUGCUGCCGCUAAUCGAAGUCCCUUUACUAUUUUCUACAACCCUAGGGCAUGCCCUUCACAGUUUGUCAUUCCUUUGGCCAAGUACCAAAAAUCUGUAUAUGGUAGCAAGGUUUCAGUUGGCAUGAGAUUCGGAAUGAUGUUUGAGACAGAAGAUUCGGGUAAGCGCAGAUACAUGGGCACAGUUGUUGGUGUCAGUGAUUUGGACCCCCUGAGGUGGCCUGGUUCAAAAUGGAGAAAUCUUCAGGUCGAAUGGGAUGAAGCUGGAUGCGGAGAAAUGCCAAACCGGGUUAGCUUAUGGGAUAUUGAGACCUCUGAAAGUCUUUUCAUUUUUCCAUCACUUACCACUGGUCUCAAACGACCUUUACAUACUAGAUAUUUGGGGGCAGAAAUGGAAUGGGGGAAUCUAAUGAAAAUGCCAUUUUCGAGGAUGCCAGGAAAUGUAAUUGGAGAUGUCCGAUGUCCAAUGUCUGGUUCAGAACAGCUGAUGAAUAUGCUUCUCAGACCCCAAAGUAUUAGUCCAGUUAGCUCCUUGUCUUCUGCCAUGUCAACUUGUGUAACUAAGGCAGCUCCAGUACCUGAAGCAGAACCACUGAAACAGACAUCAAUCCAACGGAAACCUCAACUUCCUCAUUCAGACCGGAGUCUGGUGCAAAAUCAGAAUCCUUCUCACUGCCUAGACCCCCCAUGCACUGUAGAUGCAAAUUCAGCAUUACAAGCAUUUAUACGUGAAAAUAUGCAACCUCCAAAUAAAUUUGAAAAGCAAUUGGCAACACAAACAAAUGUUGGGAUACUGGAAACAGCACCUGUCCCUGCGACAGACCAGCUCAGCCAAUUGCCUUCCUUUGGAAACUGCAGUGAAGACAAAAUGAGUGGGGGCUCCUUGAAUCCUCCGAACCUUGUAAAUGAAUUAUUAUUCUUGAACCAGGGGGCGUUGCAGUUUCAGACAGGUCUGUGCUUUCCUCAUCAGCAGUGUCCAAAUACUGGCUUCCCACUUCAAAUUGAUGCACUUCAGUUGGAUGUGAACAACCAAAAUGGCUUGCUUCCAUACCCUAGUAACCUCUCAUCACAGUACUUGGAUGCUGAUGAUUGGAUGUUGCAAUCUUUUAAUCUCCAAUCACUUGCUGGGAACCUGAAAUCACUAGGACCCUUGUCAGGGGCUAAGCAAGAUACGUCAUUAAUUUGCUCAGAAGCAGUUAACCCAAGUCUGCCUCCAUUGAGUCAGGAGAUGUGGAGCCCUCAGAUGAAUCACCUAAAGUUUCUACCUCAAGAGCUCAACUUGCUUCAUGCCAUAAGAAGAUUCAACCGCUGUUCCUUGUGUAUCCAAUUCAUGUGGAUUGAGAGAUCUGUCUGAGGAAAGUAAUAACCAGAGUGAAAUAUACAGUGGUCUUCAUUUGGAUGUAAGCAAUGGUGAAAGCACUGUGGUUGAUCCUUCUGUGACAAGUGUGGUCUUGAAGGGGUUUGGUACCUUGAGUGAUGCUGCUUUCCAGACUCCUUCU